AAUAAGGAGAUAUGGACGAUUUGCUUAAAUCAUUAAAUGCACUAGGUGUUAAUCCACCUAGUGAUUCUCAGAUUCCAGAACUCCUCAACCCAGAAGAGCAUUCUACACUCGCAAAAGUGUUAGCAGGCUCAGCUGAUGAUUUAAUAGAAGGCGCUGUUUUAUCUUUAUUAGAGAACUACCUGAGAUCUCUUAAGAAAGUAGAGGAUGAUCACAAUCGUUCUCUUAAUGCACCAGUGAAAAAGGUAAAGAUUAUACCACGCAAUGCGCUCCUAAUACGUGGUGCAAAAGAGCGUGAAAGGUUAUGCAAGGAUAGACAAGCUGGUGUCGGUUUGAUUAGACAGAAUCAAGUCUUUGACAACGAUAUAAUACCUGCUUCUACAACCCCAAUAAAAGAUUUAGAGUACAUUCCAAUCAAAGAACUCGAAUUUCCACGUAGACAUCAAGGUAAAUACACAAUCGUUAGAGUGAUCACCAAUCCAAACACGCUCUUCGAUUUACACUGCAUCGUAGACGAUAAGGAUGGCAGCGGUAUUCCACUCACUCUGUCCCAUUUCGCUCCAUCACCUACCGCACCUUCUGAUGCGAUCUUACCAUAUGGUUCUAUCAUACUCAUUCGUGAACCAUAUGUCACAAAGAAUGGUAUUUACGUACCUGCAAAAUCCGAUACAAGGAUAUUGAACAAAGACAGUGACCUAGUAAAAGAUGUCCAAUGGGCUUUCCCACUUGAACAGCCAUCCGAUGGCAAAGACAUCGAUCAGCUUAUGUUGGAAGCUAACAAUGACAAUGAAAGCUUCUGGGACAUCAUACAUAAAUUACACUUAGUGUUGGAUUCUAAUCCAGUAUCCUAUGAAGCUACUAUUCGUCUCAGUGACGUCUAUUUUGGUGUACAAAGGUUUGGCUCUGCUUACAGAACAGCAGCAAAGGCCGUAAAACUUUCACGUGACGAGCAACAAACCAGUCGAGCCCUCCUCAAUCAAGCCAGAGCAGCGUACGAUUUGAGAUUGUUCAAGAAGGCCGAAGUUCUGCUCAAAGGUAUUCAAGACCCAGAAUUACAAGGUGAAGUAAAGCGAUUGAUCUUCUUGAUAGGAAAGAGAAGAGCAGAAAGAGAGGAAGGAAUAUUUGAUGUUGCUGAACUUUUCCAAGAAAAGCAACGUUCCAGUGUUCCUAGAUUAGACAUAGCAGACUACAUUGGACCAAUUGAAGUUAAAGACAUCGAGGGUAGAGGUAGAGGUGUAUUAGCCACCGAGGAUGUGGAACCUGGCACCCUCAUGCUCGUCGGAAAAGCGGUUGGUACAGCCUACCCAUCUGACGCUGAUGAAAGAAACGCAAAAGACCAUACAACAGUAAUGGAGCUUAACUUUUCUAAUAAGACUCUUCAUGGAACUGCACAAGUUCUUGCACGUUCGCGCAUCAGUCACGCGAUUGAAGAUGCGCCAUUUAUCGCCAAGCGCGUUUUGGCACUCUGUGGAUCACCUACUGAGCCUCUUUUGACUGAAUACAUCAAGGAUGGCUUCCCGUUAACAGUUGAAGAGGAUGAAGCCGUAGCUAUGCUCGAUAGCGAAUCUGAACUCCCAAUUGUUGAUGUCGAUCCACGACGUGUGGGAAGUGUACUCAAGUACAACGCCUUCGGGCAUGCUAGUAUCGCCGGUGCAGAAACACCAUGUAUGCUUCACUCCCUUCCGGCAAUUAUUAAUCACUCAUGCGUACCAAACGUGGCAUCAAUUCACCUUGGCGACGUCAUCAUGUCAAGAGCACUCGUUCCACUCAAGAAAGGACAAGAGUUGUUGCAUUCUUAUGUUCCUGGUACUGGUGGUGGUAGUGUUAUGCCGCCAUCACAACAGGAAAGAAGAGGAGAGUUAAGCAAACAUGGCUUUAUCUGCGCAUGUGAAUUAUGCUCCCUUGAUGAACUCGAUGGAGAGGCAAAACUCAAGGAGAGAGGCUUAAUGCUGGCGGAUAUUUGGCCUCGUUUGGCUGAUAGAGCUAGGGUUCUUCAUAGAGCCCAAGUCGAGGAUAACAAGUUCAAAACAGAAUUGGACCAGCUUUUGGAGGAACUCGAGGAGUUUGUCGUCAGUGUUGAAAACACUUUCUCAGACAAGCGUCCAUUUGAACUCAAACCGGAAUUAGCAUUGAUUAGACGUACACUUGCACAACUUAUAGCUAGACGUGAUGCUGAAAAGGCUAUCCAGAACGAACUUCUCUCGCUUUCAGCUUUGGGAGCGAUCCUUGCUGAGACACACAACGAUGCUAGCAAUACUCGCAAAUUUAAACAAUUACCUCGCUUACAACCUGACUCAGCAAUACUCUCAAUGCUGCAUAUUGUUGAGCUCCUCAAUAAGACUGAUGAGAAGGCGUCUAAGAGUUGGUUCGAAACAACGAAAUGGGCACACGAUGUUCUUGUUGGUGGAGGAGAAGCAGGAUUCUUCGCUCGUAUCAAUCAAUGAAACGGAAAAUAUAUUAUUAAUACAUAGAUUUAAUUUAUAAGCCCAACUUCUGCUUUCGGAGACGAGCCCAGAGAGAGAGGACUAUAAGGAGUGCUGGAAGGUCGACAAAUAAGACUCUUAUUGUCAAAGAUGCUUGUGUGGUUGCCCAUGUGGAAUGCCCACCGCCUAGUGCCACAGUGAGUAGAAGAAGAGGCAAAAGUAUAAAGUAUCCUGAUAAUCUAUGGUACUUGUAGAGUGUCUUAGGCAGCAGUGGCUUCUCUUUUGAAGGCAUUGUGAAACCCAAGCCGACGAGUGAUUGAAUCGUGAGGAGCACGCCGACUGAUAAACCAGCGGUCGAAUGCCAGGUGGUGAAGUGUAAAGCACCGUGUAAAUGUUUGUUGUAAAACAUGGCGGAUGAUCCAACUAGAAAAGCAGGUAAAGCUAGGUAGCCAAUGAGUUUCCUGUGUCUCUCGAAACUUCUAACUUUGCGUGUACCAGCUGUCGCGGGCUGUAAAGUCAAAACUGCAAUAACAAGAACGGUUAAUCCAAACGUUUGAAAGAGUGGAUGAAACACGAACGGACCAAGGUUGCCGUAACCGCCUGAAUUUAAUAUAAAUAUAGCUGGAGUUGCUACUAAAGAGAGUGCAGAGAGAAGGGCUACGAUUAGGGCUACGUUAUCAAUUGAGACACUGUUGGGUGAUUCUGCAGUACUUUCUCUGCUAUUAAGCAAGGGUGCGUUAGCGUCUGACAUUUUGUUAACACUUUCGC